AACCUGCGGGAGAGGCGGGCUCGGAGGAUGAACAAAUACAAAACAAUUGGUAAAAUUGGAGAGGGAACAUUUUCUGAUGUUCUGAAGGUACAGAGUCUAAACAAUGGACGUUACUAUGCUUGUAAACAAAUGAAACAGCAUUUUGAAAGUAUUGACCAUGUGAAUAACCUGAGAGAAAUUCAAGCAUUAAGGCGAUUGAAUCCACAUCCAAAUAUCCUUACAUUGCAUGAAGUGAUUUUUGACAAGAAAGCUGGUGCUGUUGCAUUAAUAUGUGAACUUAUGGACAUGAAUAUUUAUGAAUUGAUCAAAGGAAGGAAAAAACCAUUGUCUGAAAAGAAAACAAUGAAUUAUAUGUACCAGCUAUGCAAAUCUCUUGAUCAUAUACACAGGAAUGGAAUAUUUCACAGAGAUGUGAAACCUGAAAACAUAUUAAUAAAGCAAGAUCUUCUCAAACUUGGAGAUUUUGGAUCCUGUAGGAGCAUACAUUCUAAGCAGCCAUAUACAGAAUAUAUCUCUACACGCUGGUAUAGGGCACCUGAAUGUCUUCUUACAGAUGGUUACUACAGUUAUAAAAUGGACAUCUGGAGUGCUGGCUGUGUGUUUUAUGAAAUUGCAAGUUUCCACCCACUUUUUCCUGGAUCAAAUGAACUGGAUCAAAUAUCAAAAAUCCAUGAUAUCAUAGGUACCCCUCCAAAGAAGAUUCUUAAUAAGUUCAAACAGUCAAGAGUGAUGAGUUUUGAUUUCCCCAUCAGAAAAGGCAAAGGAAUCUCUCCAUUUAUCCCUAACCUGUCCAAUAAGAGCCUGACACUUAUGUAUGCAAUGAUACAGUAUGAUCCUGAUGAGAGAAUCUGUGCGCAUGAAGCACUGCAACACCCUUAUUUCAGAGAAUUGAGGUUGGCAGAGAAACAAGCUUUAACCCUACACCGAAAAAUGAGAUUAGCAGCAAAUCCAUUAGAAAGGGAUUCUCUUGGCUUGCGGCGUGUUUCAAAGGAGGAUCAAAGGCAGAACUUUUUUAGGCAAGCCCAGGAGAAUCCACUGGGACAUCAUGGACUACCCAAUGCAGUUGAGUUGCCAAAACUGACAGUUCCUGCUGUAACCAACUUGACUUCUUACCCUAAUCCUUCAUUUCAGUCAGUUUUUACCCUCCCAGCAUCCAACAGACAAGUCCAGGUUUUGCAACCUAUAACAUAUUUUGGGACACAUCGCAAGUCUGAAAAACAGAAGGAAUUUAAAUCUCCUAUGAAACAGUAUCAUCUGCCUGCUCUGGAAAGAAGAGGUGGGGGAUUUUGAUGGAUUAAAAACUCUUUAUGAGCUGUCUGGAUUUUUUGAAACAAUACACAAAUGGCAAUAGUGCCUUAUCACCUCAAAUGCUGCAACAACUGCUACAACAAUCCUUCUUUGGGACUUACCCUUUUUUUUUUUACAAAUCAACAAUGUAACCACCAUUUUUAUAGCUCAGAAUGCACUUUGAUUUUUUUAAGGAGUUUGUGCUUUUUUAUUUACAUUUUUUUAAUUUACGUUUUAAGGUGAUCAUAUAUUUAAUGGUGUUGCACUGGCAGGAGUGAAUUGUUCCAACUUUUAUAUUAAAUGCUACAUUGUGUUUAUAUAUAUAUAUAUGUAAUAAAAGUGAAUUUCUGGGAGGGGAGUUAUACAUGUGAUCGUAGGGAUAAUCAGAGCCAAUCUUCUUUAAUUAUCAUUUAGAAAUGUCAAAAUUUAAAUAUAACCUAGUAUAAACAUUUGUGUUCUGAAACAAGUAAUAUAAAUUAGCAGGUCUUUGUAUGGGUGGUGGAUGAAAAAGAUCAAUAGUCAAUACACAAUAUUCUCUUGUAUGGAAAUCUAUAAGUAAGCUUUUGGUUAAUGUAUAUUGUCACCCUGGCAUAGUUCAAUGUAGAAUGUUAUACAUUUCUUUUGAAAAGGCCAUGAUGUUUGAAACUCUUGUGCUGUAGAGAAUCCACUCUUCUAAAGGGCAUUUAAUUUAGCUUUUAUAGAGGUAUCAGUAAAAAUAAAUGUAUUAAAGGACUAAGAAGAUUUUUAUGAUUAUGAGAUUAAGUACCGUGUCCUCUCACAAAGCACUGUCAAAUACCAUCACUCUGUAACAAAAAAAUGAUGUAUUGCACUAGAGUAAAACUAUUGAUACUGUAUAACAAUUGCACCUUAAAUAACAGCCAAAUAGCAAUGCUUCAAUAAAGUGGCAAAAAGAUA